CAGAUACUGCAGAGAGGACUGGGAGGCCAUAAACGGAAGAUCCAUCUCUUCAUAUCGUUCGAUGGCAUUAAGAUAAGGGACGCCCAGACGUCGGAACUCAUUUACCACCAUUCGGUGCCACAGAUAUCGUUCAUCUCGAGGGACGAGUCCGACUCCCGAGCCUUUGGUUACGUGUUUGGCUCCAGCAGUACUGGCCAUCAGUUUCUCGCUCUUAAGACUCAAAAGGAAGCGCUUCCUAUAAUGUCAGCAAUCGGGCAGUUAUUUACGGCCACUUUGCGCCGCAAACGGUUUGAGAGUAUACACAGCAACCAUAGCGACAGUAACGGCAGUUACGGUACGCCCGGUUCGGUCCACAACGAGGACAGACCGACGCCGCGUCGGGAGUCGAGCGCAACGCUGCGGCCGUCGCCGCGAUCCGAGUCACCAAAUGUGCCAUCAAUGCCGGCGCCGCCGCCACCCGUACCCCAGCUUUCGGGACCCAACGGGUUGUCACAAGCGUCGGCCCGCGUCCGUCACAACAGCGGCCACCAAAUGGACCUCUUCUCGGCGUUCGAGUCCGCGGCCGACACCUAUAACACCGACUUUCAGGCCAAUAAUCAGUCGAUCGACAAA